AUGCCUCCGAGCGAGAACAGAGCCCCGGUGGAUCGGUUCAUCCCGCCCAGAGACCCGGAACUACUGCCCUUGCACAAGCGAGAUGCACUCGCCCCCACCAGCCAGCGCGGCAAGGAGGUCCGUGAAAAUGCGGUCUCGGUGACCGAUCUUUACUACGAGUCGAUGCUGGAGCAGCACAGCAAGGUGCUCAAGUUCGGGGGCAAGCCGAAGGGCUGCGAGAAGUCCAAGCGGAUCCCGGGCCGGGAGAUCAGCAAGACUCCUUUCAAGGUACUGGACGCACCCAACUUGAAGGACGACUACUACCUGAACCUCCUCAGCUGGGGCAGCAACAACUGCCUGGCGGUGGCCCUGCUCGACUCGGUGUACCUGUGGAACGGUGACUCGGGCAAGGUCACCAAGUUCAGUCAUCAAGCCAGUGAUGUUGCCUCUCUGACUUUCAGCCCUGACGGUGGUGCGCUUGCUAUCGGGGGGGAUGAUGGACUCACUUAGGUCUGGGAUAUGGCAAAGCAAAAACUGGUCCGGUCUCUGGACCAUCAUGAAGGCCGGGUAUCCUCCUGCGCGUGGUCGAGCACCUUACUCGCGACGGGCUCACGAGAUAAAUCGAUCGCUUGGUGGGACCCCAGGGCGGCCCGGCUGUCCUGCCAGCUGCGGGGGCACUCACAUGAAGUGUGCGGGUUACGGUGGUCCUUCGACGAGCAGAAGCUGGCCUCUGGCGGUAAUGACAACAAGCUACUGAUAUGGAACGUGAACUCGAGCAGCCCAGUGCACAAGUUCACUUCCCACAAUGCGGCAGUCAAGGCUCUGGCAUGGAACCCUCACAACGGGUCGACUCUUGCAAGCGGAGGUGGUUCGGGCGACCGCUGCAUCAAGUUUUGGAACGUGCAGGAGGGAGUCGAGCUGGACUCGAUCAACACGGGGUCGCAGGUGUGCAACCUGCUGUUUUCCAAGAACACUCAGGAAAUUGUCAGCACCCACGGCUACAGCCACAACGAAAUUAUCUGCUGGAGGUACCCCUCGCUUGAGCAGUCCGCGGUCCUCACCGGGCACUCUUCCAGAGUGCUGUACCUGGCCAUGGCCCCGCUCGGGGACGUGAUCGUCACGGGCGCCGGGGACGAGACCCUCCGCUUCUGGAAAAUGUUCCCCGGCGGCGGGCAAGGCACCUGCCAAAGCCAACUCGACCUCAAGCUCAAAACCUUACGCUGA